GUAUAAGAUCUUGAUGGAUAAAGAAAGAGUGGUAAGCUGGCUGGGCACUUUUACCACCUUUUUCUAAAGCCACACAGCCUUGUUUAUAAACGCUUAGACACACCAGAAAAUAAAGAAAAGAAGCAGCCCAUCAUACCCAUCAAAGCAAAAGCAAGAAAAGAACAGAGAGAGAGAGAGAGAGAGAGAAAAAGAAAACAAAAUAAAGAGAGAAGAAAAAAGAAAAAACCCAAAUAACAAAGAAGGGUUUUUGGUUUCUGCUGCUGGGAAAACUUGAAAGAUUAUUUUUAUUAUUGUUAUUAUGCAAAGAAUGGAGCAACAACCAUCACAACAGCAGAACCAGUUAAUGGUGCAAACCUCAGGGAGUCUUAGCUUCAGCAGUCAAAUGUCUAAAGAAGAUGAAGAGAUGUCAAGGUCUGCUCUUUCUACUUUUAGAGCUAAAGAAGAAGAGAUUGAGAGAAAGAAACUGGAAGUUAGAGAGAAAGUUCAAGCUCAGUUGGGUCGUGUUGAAGAAGAGACUAAACGUUUGGCCAUGAUUCGCGAGGAACUUGAAGCACUGGCAGAUCCCAUGAGGAAAGAAGUUGCUCUGGUGAGGAAGAAGAUUGAUGCAGUGAACAAAGAAUUGAAGCCUCUAGGCCAUACUGUCCAGAAGAAGUAUUGCAAAUUGAUGGAAGGACCACUGAAUUUUGGAUUUAUGUUUUUUCAUCACAGGAGAAAGAAUACAAGGAAGCUCUGGAAGCUUUCAAUGACAAGAACAAGGAAAAAGUACAGCUCAUAACCAAAUUAAUGGAGCUGGUGAGUGAAAGUGAGAGGCUAAGGUUGAAGAAGCUGGAGGAGCUGAGCAAGAACAUAGAUUCCAUACACUGAUUACAUUUAUAUAGCCUACUGCUGAUAACUGAUUAGGUUUGUGUGAUGUAUUUAAGUAACUUCUUAUAUAUUUUAUAUGGGGUGUUUUUAUAGUUUGGUGCAUUCUAUCCUUGUUUGUUUUAUUAGCAUUUGAUGGAGUCUUUAGUUGAUUUAGGAAAGGGUGAAAUGCCCUAUUGAACAGGUUUGUAACUAAAUGUAUCUUCACUCUACAUUUUCUCACUUUGCUUUUAUCUCAUCUCCUCUAGUUUUUGUUAA